AGUAUCCUCAGUCCCCCUCUUUCUUACGUCAAAUAAUUGGCAACGCCCUGGAAAACUUGUCAGCGGCGCAGCCGAAAGCAGCAGCAUUAUCAACUCGCACCCAGACAGAACCAACAUGGGGAAGAUCUACCAGGUCAUUGUGCACGGACUGAGGGGGGAUAAGAUGAUGAUCGACCUAUGCAACACAGAUGAGCAGUUUAAGAGCAUGACGGUGCUGCAGCUGAAGAAGAAGAUAGCGGAGAAGCUUCCCGAGAGCGCAGGAGAAGAGGCUCUCCGGCUGAUCUUCACAGACAAGAUGCUGGAUGGAGACUCCGAGCCGCUGACUGGAUUUGGAAUCCAGCACCUGUCUGUGAUCCAAAUGGUGGUGAGGGUUCCUGGAGGGUGGACCGCUUGACAGAGACGACCAUCAGCUCCUGCUGCUGCUGUUUACAUAUUUUAAAGCUUUGCUGUAAAAGGCUGUUUUGUGCAAUACUCAUUUGAUGUUCCCAUUUUUAAGCUGUUGCUGUACAAAUAAAGUUCUGCCCGAUGCCUUG